AUGGUCACUGCCAAAAAAGAUGCAUCAGACACUUCUGAAGCAAUGCUACCGGUAUGUGAUAUUUUUUUAUAAUUUUUCUCCCAAAAAAUCAAGAGUUUUAGGUGGCAGCUGAAAAAACAGCAUGGUUUUCAAUAUAUAUUGCUGGAAGCUGUGCGUUCAUUCAAGCAACACAGUUUUCCAUAUUUUUUGCGUCAAUGUGGCCCUAUAUUCUAACACUAAAUCCAAAUGUGACGCAAAGUAGUUUUGGAAUUGUUGUUGCGUUGUACAGUUUAGCUCAAUGUAUAUGCUCACCGGCUUUUGGGUAUUUGAGUAAUCAGAUCGGACAGGUAAAAAUAUGAUUUUUUGAUUUGAAAAUUGAAAACAAAUGUUUUCUUCAGGUCCGGCUUCCCUUGCUGAUAGGUUUUUGUAUUAUGGCAAUGGGUAAUAUCAGUUAUUUGAGCUUACAGUUUCUAUCUUCUAAUCAUUUAUAUGUAAUGAUGGCUGCUAGAUUUAUUGCCGGAGCUGGAACAGGUAAAACAUUUUGAGAAUUAUUACAUUUGAAUAAGUUUUAAUGUUAGAAAAAAGUUCCAAAUAAAUUUAUUAGUAACAGUUUGAAAUUUGAAAAAACACGUCAGAUUCUCACAUUUUUUCUAGGAAACAUGAGUCUACUUCGAGCCUAUGCUUCAUCAGCUUCAACUCUACAUGAUAGAUCGAGAGCCAUAGCCUGUGUUUCUGGAGGAAUUGCAUGCGGAAGUAUGAUUGGUCCUGGACUUCAAAUUAUAUUCUCACCACUUGGCGCGGAAGGUGUCACUAUUUUGGGAUUGAAUAUUAGUAUCUACACAUCACCUGCUUUGCUAUGUUUAUUUUUGAAUAUUGCUGGACUUUUGGUGGUCAACUUUUUGUUUGAGGAAAAAUAUAUUAUUCAUAUGGACAAUGAUAAGAAGGUGAGGGAGUUUUUUAAAAGAAAACAUUUAAAACAUAAAAGGCUGCUCCAUCAAAAAAUGUGACACCUAGAUUCUUAUUCAAAAAAUACCUAACAAAAGAAAAAAAGGAACCUAACAUGCAAACAAAAUUCAAAAAAAAAUUUUUUUGAAUGAAAAUCAGAAAAAAUAGCGUCCAUUAUAAAAACGAUGUUGAAAUAUGUUGAUCGGAAGGAGGACAAAAAAGUAGCCUCGCCGGGCGGCCUGGAUUUCGUAACCAUUUUUUCCCUCCAUUUUUUUGCAGCAAAAAAACAACGACGAACACGACGACACACAAAAUUCAUCUAGUGGAAAGCUAGACAACCCGGACAUUUAUGCACUACUUGUUCUUGUUGCAACAAGAUUUUCGCAGAUUUUUUUGAUUACUACUAUUGAAAGGUAUCGAGAAAUUAGUAGUUUUUAUGAGUUUGUAACUUUUUCAGUAUUGGAUCAGCAUAUUCUAUGAUGAUGUUUUCAUUCGAAAAAGAAGAAGCAGUUACAAUAAACGCGGUUUCACAUACUGUUAGUGGAACAAUUGCUGCAACUAUGUAUAUCAGUUUUAUUUUGCUAGAUUUGAGGAAAUAGUAAGUAUCUCGAACAUUUGACAUUUCAAAAAUUUGUUUUCUAGCCUUCGAGCCCGAAUACACACAGUAUUUGCAUUGGUGAUUGCAAUCGUUUGGUUUUUGGCAACCUAUCCCUAUGCUUUUUUACCAAACAACGUGAAAUUAAUGAAUAAUGGAAGCGACGCAGGAUGCGACAUCUUAAAAUAUGAUUGGUGUUCUGAUCUACCAGCCGUGUCACCUUGGCCAUUUUACAUUGGAAAAAUCAUUUCAUUCAGUGUUGGCUUCUCUUUGAUGAAUAUCACCGCAACUACUUUAUAUUCAAAAGUAGUCGGGCCAAGACCCCAGGGAACUUAUCAAGGAAUAUUCCAGAUGGCUGGAAGUUUUGGAAGAUUGGUCGCUCCAUUAUUAAUGAGUACUACUUAUUCUUGGUAUGGACCAGUGGUCCCGUGGCAAAUUAUUCUUGUAGAGGUAAUUUGAAGGUUUUUGUUUUGACAAUGUCAACUUUUUUUUUCAAUUUACAGUUCACUUUUAUCAUUGGAUUAUGGGUAGUUUUCCGACAUCGACUGGUUCCAUUUGAAAAACGGAUAGAUAUUAUAAAAAGUGAUAUAGAAAGUUUUUGA